AUUUCUGCAGAGUCUCCUUUCCUUCUCUCGCCCGUAUAGGAGUUAAAAGGAGACUCUGCUCGCAGGGUAACCUGACUACAGCCGAACACAGUACUUGCGUAACCUUCUAGUCCUAAGAUAUUCAAACGAUGGACGCUAAAGAGUUUCGAGAAAGGGGCAAAGAGAUGAUCGACUACAUAGCUGAUUACCAUGAAAAUAUCGCAAGUCUUCGCGUAAACCCUGAUGUAAAACCAGGAUUUUUAAUCGAUCAGCUCCCUCCUACUGCUCCCGAGAAAGGAGAAACGUUUACACAGGUUUUUGAGGAUUUUCAGCGUCAAGUGAUGCCCGGGAUAACCCAUUGGUCAAGUCCUCAUUUUCGCGCCUAUUUCCCAAGCAACACAUCUUUCCCUUCAAUACUUGGGGAUAUGCUGUCUUCUGCAAUUGGUGGAGUAGGAUUUAGUUGGGACUGUAAUCCUUCAAGUACGGAGCUUGAAAUCGUAGUUCUUGACUGGCUAGGUAAAAUGAUUAAUCUCCCUGGAGAGUUCUUAGCAAUGAAUCCUGAGCCAAGAAGUGACGGCAAGAGGGGCGGUGGAGUCAUUCAAAGUACGGCUAGUGAGGCUGUAUUAGUUGCGAUGCUGGCUGCUAAAAAGGCGGCACUUGAUAGACUUCAUGCAAGUUUUCCAAAGGAAAGUGAGGCUAUGCUAAAUGAGAAGCUGGUUGCUUACUCUUCUAUGGAGUCUCAUUCAUCUGUUGAAAAAGCAGCAACUAUCACUGGAAACAAGAUACGUUCGAUUCAAACUGACGACCAAGGAGUGCUCUUAACACAGGAGCUUCAAGAAACGAUAAAGGCUGACAAGGCAAACGGUUUUUAUCCAUUUUUCGUGUGUGCUACCCUUGGAACUACUAACGUCUGUUCCUUUGAUAACCUCGAAGACAUUGGUCCAAUAUGCAAGAAAGAGAACAUGUGGUUACACAUUGAUGCGGCAUACGCAGGAUCUUUCUUUAUCUGCCCUGAGUACAGAACCUACAUGAAAGGAGUAGAGUUUGCAGAUUCGUUUAAUUUUAAUGCCCACAAGAACAUGUUAACGAACUUUGACUGCUCACCCCUUUGGGUCAAAGACCGAGAUGCCAUCAUGGGUGCUUUGUAUGUGAAAAGAUCGUAUCUGAAAAACGUCGACACAGAUGUGGUCACCGAUUUUCGAAAUUGGCAGAUUCCCCUUGGUCGACGAUUCAGGGCUUUAAAGCUAUGGUGUGUAAUGCGUUGCUUUGGAGUAGAGGGGAUUCAAGAACAUGUGAGGCAUCACAUUAGAAUGACGAAGGUUUUUGAGGAAUUGGUGGUACAGGAUGAUCGAUUUGAAUUCUGGCCCAAAAUCCCUAAUGUAGGUCUUGUGUGCUUCAGAUUGAAGGACUCAGAUGAACUUACCAAGAUGUUGGCAGAUAGUAUAAACAACACCGGUCAACUAUUUGUGUUAUCUGUUGUUUUCAAAAAUAAACAAGUGAUUCGCUUUCAUGGUGGAGUUGGAGGGAAAGAGGACCAUGUUUACGAGGACUGGAACACAAUACGAAGAGCAGCAGAUGCUUUGUUAGACGGCCAGGGCUGAUCCUAUCUAAGACUAUCUUAGACGAGAAUAUUAUUAAAAGAGAACUUCCAUUGUAAAUCGUGCUCAAAGUCAUAAAUCAUAACCCUUUUUAACACUGUUUUAAACAUCCAGUAAAUACCGCUGUGUUUUACGACUACAGACUCAUUUGUACAUUUUUAGCCUCGCUUCUAUAAAAAGUUUAAAAAAUCGCUCGAUCUCGAGUACAAUUCGGAAUUUAUAAGCACGAGUGAUGUUUUGAAAGUUUUCAAAAUUGGACAAGCCUUCUAGGCGAUCCCAUUUGAGAACUUUCAAAAAUUCACGAGUAUCUAUAAAUUCCGAAUCGUAUGAGAACAUUGUGAGGUUUUUCGUUUAUGAUAUACUCAACGAAAUCAAACAACUUAAUUGUGGCUCUACAGAGUAUAAUUUGGGAUUUAAUUGUACUUCUUUUGUCCAAUCAGAAUCGAGUAAUUUUGUUGAGUGUAUUAUAAGUUUUAAAAUCUCGCAGACUGUUAAUAGCUAACUUAUAAACGAGGUUAAAAAUGUAUAAAUGAAACCGUGAUCAUCAAAUACAGCAGAAUCCUACAUCAAGCCAUAAGAAUGUUUGGAGAGUGUGACUUCUAUCUAUUCCAGCAUCCUGUACGUACCAAUCGUUGAUACGGUAAAAUACUUGAAUGAUAAAACAUUACAGCUAUAAAAAGCUCGCAGCUGAUGUACAACACAAGUGCUUCGAUUUGAGGGUUUGGUUGACGUGAUCUAUUUGUACAACUAGCUUUAAAGUAUUAUAACCUAGUUUGGGUUACCCAAAACAUUGUUUUUAGAAAAGCAGGAAUUGCUCAGUCUGAUCGAUGUUCAGAAGUACUGUUUAAUAUAACGAGCAGGAGUAUUCUUCAUGAUUAGGUGUAAAAACACACUAGUGGUGUAGCCAAAUGGUUUUAGAACUGAUAAAACAUUAUUUGCGAGUUUA